GGAGCAAGGAAAACUCCUGUGAAGUGAACACUUGUGUGUGUUAGUUUAAAUAUUCAUUCACCUUUUGUGAUUUUUUCAAUGUCAUUUUAAUUUAUAGGUAUCCAGAAAACAGGCAACCUGGUCGUUUAAUGUUUUCCCAAAUUAAGAAAGAUCAAGUAGAAAAUGUAGAAUAAGGGAAAUCGCGAUACCUCAGAGUCAUGUAGAGUUCUAGAUCAGGAAGUUGAUGUUCACAAGGCUCGGGUUCAAAAAAUAUUGACCAAAUAUAAAUUUGGAACAUACAAGAUUGAAAUCGUACACCAUUUGUAUCCUGGUGAUGCAGAAUAACGUUAACUGUUUUCCAACUGGUAUUUGGAACAAAUUCGUAUAGAUAACAACUUUGCCAGAUCCAUAACGUGGUCCGACGAGGCGUACUUUUAGAGUAUUCUACUGGGACUUGUGUAUGUUGUUGCUGCUCGUCGCCAACUUGAUAAUACUACCAGUGGCAAUAAGUUUCUUCAAUGACGAUCUUAGUACCCGUUGGAUCGCGUUCAACUGUCUGUCCGAUACUAUAUUUUUAGUCGAUAUCGUUGUAAAUUUUAGAACCGGUAUUAUGCAGCAAGAUAACGCGGAACAAGUUAUUCUAGACCCGAAACUGAUAGCUAGGCACUACCUGAGGACGUGGUUUUUCCUCGAUCUAAUUUCGUCCAUACCCCUAGAUUAUAUAUUUUUAAUAUUUAACCAAUUCCAGGACUACGGCGACAGCUUCCAGAUCCUGCACGCAGGUCGUGCCCUGCGCAUCCUGCGUCUGGCCAAGCUGCUGUCGCUCGUACGACUGCUGCGACUCUCCAGAUUGGUGCGGUACGUCAGCCAAUGGGAGGAGGUGUAUAUCUUGCAGAAUCUCCAAAAAAAGCGUACAGAACGGAGGGGGCGGCUCAGUUCGGACAUCAACAAGUUUAAAAGCACCAAAAGCAAUCUCAUCUUUAAGUUUCUCAACAUGGCCAGCGUGUUUAUGCGGAUAUUCAACCUGAUCUGUAUGAUGCUGUUGAUUGGGCACUGGUCCGGUUGCUUGCAGUUCCUGGUCCCAAUGUUGCAGGGUUUCCCAGCCAAUUCGUGGGUCGCCAUCAACGAAUUACAGGUAAAGCAACGUAACGUCACACACUUAAUAUCUAGCAGCAGAGCUGUAAUUAGUGCUUAA